AUGGCUAAAGUCCCUCGCAACUUUCGUCUUCUGGAGGAACUCGAAAAAGGUGAAAAGGGAAUCGGCGAUGGCACUAUUAGCUACGGUCUUGCAAAUGGCGAAGAUUUGCUCAUGACCAAGUGGCAUGGAACUAUAAUCGGACCUGGCCAUACGGCCCACGAAAACAGGAUUUACAGUCUUAAAAUCACCUGUGGCGAAGACUACCCUGAUCGACCUCCAGUUGUUAGUUUCUGUUCUAAAGUUAAUCUUCCUUGUGUCAAUCAGCAACACGGAAAGGUUGAAAAACUACCAUGUCUUGACAACUGGAAACGAAGUUACACGAUUGAAACUGUCCUGUCCGAGCUUCGCAAGGAAAUGGCUUCAUCAGCAAACAAGAAGCUGUCUCAGCCAGCAGAAGGAACCAUGUUUGCUGGGAACUAGAAGCUACCGGCGACUUGAAUA